UUUUUUAAGCGUGAUAGUAUUAUGUCGAGUAAUGAUUACAUUCAUUAUUAAAAAAACUAUAGGGUAGUCUAACAUACAUAACAUAAAAAUUUUGCUCUAAAAGAUAUUUUUUAUUUAAAAAUAGUAUUUAUUUAGUUUUAUGCUUUAAAAUUUGUUAGAAGCUAGCUGAACUCUGCUCUCCUCGGGGAUUAUAUAAACUUUCACUUUUUUGUAUUUAUAAACGUAGUAGUUAUAACUAUUAACCUGUGACAAUGGACCUGUACUCAAAAUUAAGUGCCAGCAUGGAUGAAAUUGUACAGCUGUUUCAGACACGGAUGGGCGAGGUUGAGAAAAGUAUACAACAGAUAUCCGACUCUUCAAGUAAGCAACAAUAUCUUGUUACCUUAACCCGUGAAUAUUAUGAUUUCAAAUCACUUAUGUGGAAAGCUGUGGGUAUGUUGAAGGCACAGGUUGAAAUGCUGACUCUAGGCCUGGAUCAGCAUGAAACGGCAUCACGAAGAAAGGUUUUGUUGCUACAUGGGAUCUCUGAAUCACCUGAAGAGAACGUUAAGGAAAGUGUGGUCAAGGUACUUUCAGAAAGGUUAAAAGUGACAAAUAAAUGUAUUAGUGAUAUUUCAGUCUGUCACCGCUUAGGCAGUAAACUGGGAAAGUCUCGACCCAUCCUGGUCCGUUUCCUUAACUACUCUUCUCGAAGUGAAGUAUGGAACAAAAAGACCUUGCUAAAGGGUACUAAGACUACUGUAUCUGAAUUUCUUAUUAAGUCCAGACAACAUUUGUUUACGGAAGCCAGGAAGCACUUUGGAGUCAGGAAUUGCUGGACAGCUGAGGGUAAAGUGGUAAUACUACUACCGGAUCAUACUCGUUGUAAGAUUGAACAGAUGUCGGAAUUGCGUUCACUGACUAUUAGGUUCCCAGUUAUCGCCGCCAUUCAAAGUAAAGCUACAACAGGCGCUGAUAAAGCCACAAAGAAGACCUCUACUGCGUCUACGGUUGCAACGAGACGUCAAGGAAUUAGUAAUAAGUAGCUUUCUCAUUUAUACCACUGCUUUUACGUUUCAUUUGUAUUUUAUUAUUAUAUUUUGUAUUAAUUUUAUAUAAUGUGAGGUACUAUGAGUAAAAGUUUACAUUUUAAAUCAAACAGAACUCAGCAAAAAGUCUAAACAUUAUUUGUUUUUAUGUAGGUAGUUUAAUCAGUUUUUAAUUUUCCUAUAUGUGCAAAUUCUCUGUUGUAAUAUGGGCGUAAUUUUAAUUCUUUAUAAUCUGAUCUGUCAAAGUCACUAAGAACUUUUGCACUCAAUGUAUCAAACAUACCAUAUUUUAUUUAUCUAUACCCUCAGAAUUAUAUUAUUAACAUACGACUAGAUCGAACAUAAUAUUACACCUUUUACAAGGAUUAUCUUUUCUUAAUUUUUAUCCUUAACUAUGUAUGUAGUUUCCGUAUAUCAUUGCCACUGGAACCCUUCAUGAAUCCGGUCUUGUAUUAUAUUAUAUACUUAAAUGAUAAUUGCAAACCAGAUACCUUCAUAGGGUUUCUACCAAUUAAGCUGAUCGGUUAUUUUGUGGCAUUUUAUAUGUGAUUUUUAGACUGAAAUAAUUUAUUUAUUUAUGAACAAACUGAAAUAAAAUAGUUGGAUGUUAAGUGGCGCAAACCACGGCGCAUUGGUGAAAACCGCACACAGAUCGGCUAUGCCGUCUCUGAGAUUGGUGUGAACAAACGUACAGACAAACUGACGGAAACUCUAAUAAUCAUUGUUUUGGGUUCUAUUGCGUUCAUAAAGCUCCCAUAUAAUCGUCUUCUUUAUGUAUCCUCCAUGUACAGACAGCGAUCAGUUGCAAUUUUAUUAUAUGUACCUACUGAUUUCAAUCUAUGCAACAUUGCCUUAAAACAAAAAUAACAACUGCGGAUGGAUUAAUGUCAUGAUUGUAUUGAAAUCCUUAGAACUGUACUCCUGAUCUAUGUACCAUGCAGUUAUGCCCUGAAAUAUUAUUUUUUUAUUGUUGCUAUUUUUGUUGAAUUUGUUAUUUGUUAUGUCAAUGGUUAUUGUUACUUGCAUUUUAUUUGUUUGUGUUUUUAGCUAACCUCUUAAUUUUAUAAUAGCACUACUUUUUUGCAUAUUUUUGUUUUUAUCUCCGCUUUUUAAUUGAAUGUAUAUAUGCAAUUAGAGAUUGAUCCCAGCAAAUCCAUUGAGGUGACGCAGAGUUAGCCAGCGUUAAUUUUAAAUAAUAUUAUUUAAUUUGUUUAUUUUAUUUUAAGUAUUUUUUUAUUUAGUUUUACUUUUGAUAUAUUUUUAUAAUAUAAAUAUUAUUUUUAUUUAUACAUGAGUACAUCGUAUUACUUAGAUUAUACAAACCUUUAUGAUUCUUCUUUUGACGAAUAUUUUAGUGCCGAAGAUGAGGAUGGUGUGGCAGCACCAGUAACUCUACGUGACCAACUUCUUUCAUCAUUUAAUAACUGUUUCAAGUACCUUAAAGUAGCUCACAUCAAUGUCCAAAGUAUUUUAGCCCACUAUAUAGACAUGCAGAAUGGUUUCAGUGACAGAAACAUUGAUAUUUUAUUGGUUUCCGAAUCGUGGUUAAAGCCAUCACUCCCUUCUGCGAUGUGUGCAUUGCCAGGUUUUCACCUCUUGAGAAAUGACCGGGUAAAUAGAGGAGGUGGUGGCGUUGCUAUAUAUUUGCGCCAUGAUAUUCCUUGCAAAAUUAUAAAUAAAUCGGACUCCACGGUAUUUAACUCUGCAGAGUAUCUUUUUGUUGAAUUAACUUUCCAUAACUCUAAACUCCUUAUUGGUGUAUUCUACUCGCCCUCUGUUCAGGUAGAUUACUUUCAAAAUUUUGAAUCCCUACUUGAAACACUUUGUGAUGACUGCUUAAUUUUAGGCGAUUUUAACACUUGCCUUAUUAAAAAUGACACUCGCUCUCAUAAACUUUCUUCAAUUGUGUCCUCAAUAAAUCUUCAUCUACUUCCCCUUAAGCCCACUCACCAUCCUCCAAAUAGCUCACCCACUCUAUUAGACCUAAUAAUAGUCUCUAAUCCAGAAAAAGUGUACAAUUUUGGCCAAUUUCCCGCCCCCUUUUCUUAUCAUGACUUAAUAUUUUUAUAAUAUAAAAUACGUUCCCCUAAAACUAAACCUAAAUUUCUUGAUCUACGUAACUUUCGGAAGAUUAAUUUGGAGACGCUCAAAAAUGAUUUUAAAAAGAUUGAUUGGUCAUGUGUACUGAAUUGUAGCUCUAUUGAUGAUAUGGUUGAUAAUUUUGGUUUUGCUCUGCUUCAACUCUAUGAUAAACAUGCCCCAAUUAGGAGGGUCAAAGUAAAACAUCUCCCUGCACCCUGGCUAUCUCCUAUUAUAAGAGAUAUCAUGGUGAAGCGAGAUAAAGCUAAACGAAAGUAUAGGCUGUUUCCUUCUGACGAAAAUCUUUUAAUAUAUAAAAAACUUCGUAACCGCUGCAAUCGGAUGUGUAGGGAUGCUAAGAGACGACACAUCCAUGAAUCCAUCGAUAAUAGCAAACCAGCUCAAUUAUGGAAACUUCUUAAGUCACUGGGCGUUGGUAAAUCUAUCCCAAGUAGCCCAAUUAAUUUGGACCUUAAUGUGC